AAAGAAUUUCCUAAUUAUUUUAUAAUAAUUCAAUUAUCAAUGUUUCUACUGCCAGUAAAGAUUCAAAACUCGACGUUCAUAUUCAUGUCUUUACUGUAGUGAAAAAUGUUUUUUUCCAGCAAGUUUGGAAUUUCUUGUAUCGAAUAUUAAAUUUCAGCACACGUACGCCAAAUGAAAAUGCAUUGACAUGCCUACUUAACAAAAUUACAAGGAAUUAACAUAAAGUUAUCAAGCCAGCGUGGUAUGUGGCAUCGAAAGCCCACAGCAAUAACAAUUAUGAUAAUGAAUAAUAAGAACAAUUUUCAAUUUAAUGACCAGCACAUUUUUAAAAGUGGAACAGCUAAGCCACAACUUAAGUAUUCAAACAAUAUUAAAAAAGAACGCCGAAAAGAAGAAAUCUGACUGCUAAAGCCGGUGGCAUAAAAAUACACAAAAGCUUUAAAAGCAGGAAAAUGAAUAGAAAAAUGGCCAAACUCGUUUCGCCGAAGGAGUCUAAUUGAGCCGCACAACACCAUCGAAACAAUACCGAGUAUAAGGCGAAAUAAUGCUAUUUGUAUAGUUGGUUACAUGUGUGGGUGUAUAUGAUUUAUUUUGGAAAUUUUCUGCUUAAUGACAAAGUACGGAAAAAUCAAAUAAAAAUAUUGAAAGAUUGAAGCGAUCCAAUCGACGGUGAAUAAUGUGCAAUCAUCAAUGUCUACCUUGCUACGAAUCAAUGUACUGUGCGGACUGUACAAAAAUAGCGGCAAGUUGAUGGGCCCUUGGUCUCUAAUCGGAGCGCUCAUAGUGCUCUCAGCAACGGCUGGGAACUCCACCAGCAAAAUUAUAGCACCACAACGAAGUAGCAGCAUUAGCAGCGGCAGCCAUGCCAACGAAAACGCAAGCUACACCACAGCGUCCGUUAUUGUUGUCGGUGGAGGCGGUAGCCGUGUCAGCGGAAGCGGAAAUGGGGCUGGAGGCGGCACUGUUGUCAGCGGCAAUGGUGUGAUAGUGGCAGGUGGUGCUGGACAUUCGUCUAUGUUAAAUACUGUUGUUGAAGAACCCGAAUUUACUGAAUACAUCGAAAAUGUAACUGUACCUGCUGGUAGAAAUGUCAAAUUGGGCUGCUCUGUGAAGAAUCUUGGAUCGUAUAAGGUUGCUUGGAUGCAUUUCGAGCAAUCUGCAAUAUUAACGGUGCAUAAUCACGUGAUUACGCGCAAUCCGCGCAUCAGCGUAACACAUGACAAACAUGAUCGGCAUCGGACAUGGUAUCUACAUAUCAACAAUGUACAUGAAGAGGACAAGGGACGUUAUAUGUGUCAAAUAAACACUGUAACGGCGAAGACACAGUUUGGAUAUCUAAAUGUGGUUGUACCACCCAACAUCGACGAUUCACUAAGUUCCAGUGACGUUAUUGUACGUGAAGGUUCUAAUAUAUCAUUGCGUUGUCGAGCCAGUGGUAGUCCCCGACCGAUUAUCAAAUGGAAACGAGAUGACAAUUCAAGAAUUACAAUCAAUAAAAAUCACAUAGUGAACGAAUGGGAAGGGGAUACUCUGGAGAUUACAAGAAUAUCCAGACUUGAUAUGGGUGCCUAUCUCUGUAUAGCAUCGAACGGAGUACCUCCAACAGUGUCCAAACGUAUUAAGGUCAGCGUAGACUUUCCACCCAUGCUUUUGAUACCCCAUCAAUUGGUUGGGGCUCCCGAAGGUUUCAACGUAACAAUCGAAUGUUUUACGGAAGCACAUCCAACUUCGUUAAACUACUGGACUCGUGGGGAAGGUCCAAUUAUACAUGACUCCUACAAAUACAAAGUGGAGUCUAGCGUGGGUGUCCCAGUUUAUAAAACUCAUAUGAAACUAACCAUUAUAAACGUUAGCAGUGGCGAUGAUGGAAUUUAUAAAUGUGUGGCUAAAAACCCACGUGGAGAAACUGAUGGCGUCAUUCGGCUGUACGUUUCAUAUCCACCAACCACAUCACCUCCUGGACCCUUUUCUACUGAAAUUCGCUGGGAUGUGUUUUUUGGGCACGGUAGUGAGACGUCACGAUCAAGCUAUGGUCCGGAUAAAAGUACACGCUUUCUAUCCAAUCUAAAUGAAAUCGGCUUGUCGGAACAAAAAUCAUUUGCUGAAAAAACGAAUGGCGGCCUAGGGACCAGUAGCACCGAUGCUACCCACGAUGAUAAGAUAAACGGUGAUGCAUUGUCAAAAAUAUACGCCAAUGAACUAGUGUGGAUUGCUGGUUUUAUAAUAUUCAGACAAUGGUUAUAAGGGCAUAACAUUGCACAUUCCUAUCCUCAAAAGCGAAGCAUGAGUUUAUUAUACAUACCAUAUAUAUAUAAUAUCUACAUACAUAUGCAUAUAUACAUACAACUAAAAUGUGUAAUGCAAAGCUUUCGUAGCACGUAUUAUUCCCCAAAUGCCUUCAUGCUCGUUCUCUCAAAUCAUACUUCGCGAUCACAUGACCAUAUCCCUAUAUACAUACAUACAUAUAUUGUAUAUAUACAUGCAUAUAUAUCAACAUGUACAAUAUAUAUUCGAAUAUAUAAGUUUAAUAAUGCUGUAAAUUGUGACCCUUAUAUAGAUAUUUUUAAUAAAUAAUCGAAUA